AACGUGCGCUUCCGAAUGCAGAUGAAGUAUCGGAAUACUGGCAUCGACAUGGCCACCGUCGUCAUCCGCCACGGAUAACCUUCUUUCGCUGUGGAAGAAAAGAUGUGCCCCGUAGAGAGAUCACUCCCUUCUUCUUUGUGAUACGGCGAACGUCGUGGCGUAAACGUUGCGCUUGCCGAGACAACUGGGUAAGCGCCGUCAAAGCGGGCCAGUGCGGCAGCCGUCCUUGUCGGUGCCUUGUCCCUCGGCCUUGUCGGUGACAAUCGGACCGGAACCCGGACGGAAGCGCUCUUUUGGCCCAGGAAGAAAACGGCGACGACAAGCUGCUUAUUCUUCUCUCCCGGGGGCGCCCACUCAACGACGCGGAACGUGGCCAGGAGGAGCACUGCUUUUCGCCUCCAGCGCCCGCAGGCAGCCGCUAGCCAACAAGCGGAAGUGCGCGCCCGCUUGCACGUGCGGCAGCCCCACACUUGUGCUCGCGUCUCGUGUGAAGAGCCUGCGGGAAGUUCUUGCCGAGUGUCCAGCGUCGCUUCUGGACAACGCUGCCACGGCCUGCUCUCGAACAUCGUAAUCUCCUCGCAGUGCAACGGGUGUGUCGUCCGCUGUUUAUCGAACGGUGUCUGGAAGGAAACGACCUGGUCUGAUGUUUCCCUGCGGAGGCGCACUUCGUUGACUCGUGACGACAGUGCACGAGGCGGAAACGUACGCGACACAGUUCUCUCCAUGACUACAGCGUCGUGAGGUGGUGUAGGGUCCGUGGCCCGGAGACCGAGGAGGCGUUGAAGCUGGGUUUCUUCUCUGGGCGACUGGCGGUGAGCAUGCCGUCGCGCCAGGAGCACCACAUCCUGACGCGCACCAGCUUCGGUGGCGGUGGCAGCGCGCACAGCGUGUGGGGCGGUGGCACGUACGGAUCGUACCAGGCGCUGGCCGCAGCCGCCGCGCCCCCGCCACCGUGGCAGCCGUCCGGCGGCUACCAGCACUGGGGCUACCACAACCAGUCGUUCCUCAAGUGGAGGACCUGGACGCAGCCCGCUGGCAACCCGUUUCUCAAAGGAUACGACCCCUCGCAGUUCAAGGUGGACCCGGAGCUGAUCUUCACGAAACAGGAGCGGAUCGGCAAGGGUUCGUUCGGCGAGGUGUUCAAGGGGCUGGACAACCGGACGCAGCAGGUGGUGGCCAUCAAGAUAAUCGACUUGGAGGAGGCCGAGGAUGAGAUCGAGGACAUCCAGCAGGAGAUAAUGGUGCUCUCUCAGUGCGACUCGCCGUACGUGACGCGCUAUUACGGCUCGUACCUGAAGGGCACGCGCCUCUGGAUCAUCAUGGAGUACCUGGGCGGCGGCUCGGCCCUGGACCUGAUGAAGGCGGGCCGCUUCGACGAGCUCCACAUCGCCGUCAUCCUGCGCGAGGUGCUCAAGGGGCUGGACUACCUGCACUGCGAGCGCAAGCUGCACCGCGACAUCAAGGCCGCCAACGUGCUGCUCUCCGAGAUGGGCGACGUCAAGCUGGCCGACUUCGGCGUCGCCGGACAGCUGACCAACACGACGAGCAAGCGGAACACGUUUGUGGGCACGCCCUUCUGGAUGGCGCCCGAGGUCAUCAAGCAGUCGGCAUACGACUCCAAGGCUGACAUCUGGAGUCUGGGCAUUACUGCUAUUGAGCUGGCAAAGGGAGAGCCUCCAAACUCUGACCUGCAUCCGAUGCGUGUCCUGUUCCUGAUUCCCAAGAACAACCCUCCGCAGCUGACGGGAAACUACAGCAAGCAGUUCAAGGAGUUUGUCGAAGCGUGCCUCAACAAGGAUCCAGAGAAUCGACCAACUGCGAAAGAGCUGCUGAGGUUUCCGUUCAUCCGCAAGGCAAAGAAAACUUCCUAUCUAAUGGACCUCAUAGAGAAGUACAAGCGAUGGAAAGCUGCUGGUGGUGGCCAAAGUGACAGCGACUCAGAGGCGUCUGAUUCGGAUGAGUCCAAAAUGAACGACACGUGGAAGAGCUUACGCUGGGACCUGGGCACAGUCAAGGCGCCUCCUGGGACACUGGACCUGCGUGGCUCCGCUCCUGACAACUACCGGCCCAAAAGCGGGCGCCUCAAUGGCGAGAGCUCACCAACAACAGUUGGCAUGCUGCCUUCGGCGGAUGUUAUCUACAGUCGCACACCUGAGCCAAAACUGGCCUCGUCACCUACUCGUCCUUCAAGCAUGGCUCCCAUGCCGCCGUCAUCUUCACCUUACCGGUCGUCGUACAACCGUGACCAGGGUGAUGUAUCCCCAGAUGGGGACAGCUCGCCUCCGCUGGCCAGCAGCCCCAGCAAGGAGCUGCGCAACCAUGCGGUGUCGCCCGAGCCCACUUCCCACAGUCGAAGCAGCAACAGCAGCAGUGGGGGCAUCGGUGGCAGGGACUCCUCGUCGUCUCUGGGCAGCUUGCAGUCACCACCAGCAUCGCCCACCAAGUCAGCAUCGCCCGCAUCUCCACGCGUUGGUGAUGCAGGUGGAAGCAGUGCCAUCGAGCCUCUCCUGGAUGAGGCUCAGAGGAGGCAUAAGAACAGUCACCGCAACUCUGGCGGAGAACUGACCGAGGCAGUUGAAGAACUGAGGGAUGCAUUUGAGCGUGCUGAGCGAGCUUGCCCAGGCAUCUGCGAUGUCUUUCUCUGUGAAAUGCUGCACCGACUUGCGCCUGGCCUGAGCCUCCACCGGAUACAGGAUGCCCUUCAGCGGCUAAGGGAAAGUGCAUAAUAAUUUCUCAACACCGGCCAGCCAUAACAAGGGUAUCCACGAAUCGUAGCGGCCACUACUUGCCACAGCAGUUUUGCGGGUUCCCUCCAACAAGCAGCGGUGUUUGAAACAGCAGUAACCGUUUGCACAUAUGCACAGCACAUGCAACACCGGUGCUCAAUGCCAACCAGCCUGCAGCGCUGCUCGCUUCCUCAGAAUGCAAGGCAGCCUGUUCAGUUUCCGUGGGAGUGAUGCAGGUGUGUCUGGAACUGGUGUACGCCCAAGGAAAAAGCAGCCAGCCAAUGAACUGACAAGUGGAUAAUGGGGUUGCUUUGUACAAGCCAAUGUGAAACAGCUGCCUCUAUACACCUGGGGCAGAAUUCUAGCAACGAGAAGCCUGUUCCAAGCUUAAAAAGCUACACACUUGGGUGCAAGUGAUUGAAGCGAAGUUGGAAAAUGCACGACAGGCUCCUGUUGCCAUUGUCAUUGGGGACAGCAGCCCUCAGUCAUGCCCUAUUGUGUUGUUUUUUUCCUGUGCAGUGGUGGCUGAAUUUGGUGUAGCGAUGCCGCAGGGACUGUUGUCUUCACUACAGUUACAUUGCACAUGCUAGUGCCACCGUUGGCGUCUUUGAUCGCAUGCGAGAGAAAAAAAGGAAGAGCUAGUAGUGCAUCUCUGUUGAUGAGAGAUUGCACACUUGGGGAUGAGCCAAGCUUUGAUAUCAUGGCAAGGCAGGACUUGUUCCCCUUUGCUGCACCUUUUGAUAGGGCACUUAGCUCUCCCCUUGCCAGUGGCUCUGGCUUGUCUAGUGUCUCCAUGUGGCAAGAAAGCCCCUUGUUUCUGUUAUUUAUGUACAUCAACCAGACAGUAGAGUGCGUUAUCUGCCAGGGUCCUCAGUGAAGCAGUUUGUUGCCAAGCAAGCGAAAGAUGUCGUUUUAGUCGGUAAAAAAAGAGAAAUUGGAAUUACCACCAGUCUGGAUACUGUCUUCUUCCUUGCCACUUUUGAAGAUUUCAGUUGGACUAUCCAGCAUCAACAAGUGCUGCUUGUGUGCCAGUGAUGUGGUGGAGUAGAUCAAGCAAGUGCAAAGCAGAAGAUGAAUUCGUCACGCAAAGCGCACACCCGUGCUUUUCUUCCGGUGCACAUGGACUUGUCAACACAUCUCGGUGACCUCGUGUGUGAUUUUUGUGUGAGAGCCACCCUGUGUUGUUAUGUGUGAGUCUUCCUUUCCAGCUGAAGCUAUAUAUUGUUUUCAGUGCUCUUUGACAUCCCACUUCAUUUUGUUAUUUCUUUCCUUAAGCCACCUUAGAGAAGUGCUAACUUUUCAGUUCUGGGCACUUAUGCACCGUGGUGCUGCUAGCCCCACUUGUGAAUUUUUUUGUUUGUUUUUUUGUUGCUGCCUCACGAGUAAUGAGCACACCCUUUCACUAAAGUGUACUUAAUAAUGGCUGAGGAGAACAGGUGUGGAGUAUGGGAUGCAAGACUGUAAAGUCGUAAGGAGCUUAAGGCGUCGCUAUCUCAUUCUCUGCCUACCCCAGUUUCUUUCAAUCGAAUGAUUGAAGUUAAUCCUCUCCACAGCAGCACGCAGUUGUCAUCCAGCCACACUACACUGCUUGUGUAAAAGGCAACAUUUUCUGCCUUUCACAAGCUGCUGUGGCCUGUUUGUGCUCUUGAUGCCUAGCUCAGCACAAACCAGCUAUUCAAACUUCAACAGCAAUCCAAGUUGACUCGUCUUGUCUCGUGACGUAAACUUCUCGCAGUGACAUAUCAUACUUGUUGAAGGCAGUCAUGAGGCUCUAGUUGUUUGUACAGCAUUAAGGGGAAAAAAAUAAAGUAAAUAAAAAUAUUUUUUUGUAAGCAUGGAGCAAGCAGUGAAAAAAGACACCCAACUGCUGUGUUAACAUCCAAGGUUGUACAGUUUUCAUGUGCCUCCCACCUUGUUCCUUUUGUCCUUGUUCUGCUGGCUCUUGCCUUGUGCACAUGUGCUCCUCUAUGGAGAACUGUGUGGAACCAACCGCAUAUGCAGGGCACUGCCUUGUGAGUGCCGCACUGGUUCAUAAUCUACUUAGUAGUGAUGCAGAGUUACAGAGGCUUUAGUUUUAAAUUAUGGCGUAGUGUGGAUUGCAAAUGUGCGAGUACAGGUGAUGUUUUAUUUUGUACUGCUAAUCAUGGGACCAGCUGUGUCGAAAUCAUUUGCAGCUAAUAAAUACAACAGGAAAAAUUAAUACAAGGGCUGACUGUUGUCACCUUUUGCUGCUUGAUUGAGUCAACCAGAGCACUAAGGAUGUUGGGAACAUAUAGUUUUGUUUCACGUUUUUUCCACUCUUGGCUGUACUUUCAGCCAGUAAUAAGGAGGUGAACCACUGAAAACACUUAGUGUUCACUUGAUGCAGUUAAAUCCAUUAAGUUGACCUACAACCACAAUUAGUGAACAUGAUAUGGACGUACAUAUUCCUUGUAAUCCAUAUAAAGUGACAGCUGUGAUUAAAGUCGUCAAUACAUGACUGCAGGCCAUGCUGCUUGCAACUUUGCAUCACUACUGCAAUGUACACGCCAGUGUUUACCUCUCGCCACAGUGACGAGACGGUUUCAGAAGUCGAGUUGGAAAUAUCUUUCACUGUUAAAUUGUGCAAGUAAGACUAAUUUAAAGCUCUUUAUUAAACUGCUUACUUGAGCACCUUGACAUGUGCUGAAUCGUAUUGUUUAGGAUUCCUGUUCAUACCUGUUGACCAUAAGCGGGCACGUCCAGCGUUGUCUUAUAUCUUAGUAUUCAAGACGAGGAUUACCCUCUUGAUACAUGUACCUUCACUCAGAGUACCUAGAGUCUAGAGAGCCUCCUAUUUUUACUUCACAUGAAAAGGAGAGGGGGAGUUGCAGUAAUUUUCAUAUACUGCGUAGAGUAAAGAUAUGAAAGAUUGCUAUUCUGCAAAAAGUAUUUUUGAUUUCUGAGUAACUGGGGCCAGAAUAAAGAAAAUUAUUUAGUGUAAAAAAAAAAAUAGUGGAGGCAGGAGUGAAAAGGGGGCAGUUUCAACUUCCAAAGAAAAAGCAAAAACCAAGGACUUACCUUGUGCCAGUCUAUUAUGUGCUUGUUUCAUAUUCAAUCACAUGACAUGUUGGUGGCUGCAUUUGCAGCCUAUAAGUGAGUCGUAGGGCUACAUGGUUGGAGUUGGAAAUGAGCCAUUCACUGUUAUAUUGGAGCACAGGUAGACAGACACUUCCCUUCCCUGGUGCAUUGUUGCUGCAUGCAAAAACUUGUUCCUGCCUCCUGCACAAUGAGCUUGGCUUUUGUUCCUUGAGUAUAGGUCAAGUGUGUUGUGAUUGGCCCUCCCUGCCACCUUUAGACUUGUCGAAGGUGUAAAUUAGGUUUUUUGAUGCUCUGCUGCUGCAAGAACAGACCUGUACGUAGAGACAGAGGCAAGAAAAAAAAAAGGGAGUUUCUAUUUUUUGUUCUUUCCCUGCCGAGCUCUCUUUACAGUGCACUGUCUACAGGAAGAUGUAAAUACAAAGUGUGACAUAUUGAAUGACAAUAAAUUUUUCAGAAACAGCC